AUUGGCAUCAAUAUGGCAAACCUUCUAGAAAAGCAAAAGGAAAAUGCCAAAUUUUGACAGGUGUCAUUGACUAGCAUAGGGAGUUUUUGAUUUAAAGAAAAAAAGAAACCGUCAACCAUGCCGAAAAAGAUGGGAAUCAAUUCAAAAGCGGUGGAAUCCCGAGAGCGUAAAGCGAUGCAAAAGAAAGAGACUCAAGCCAAAGCUGCAAAAGCAGCUGAAGAUGCAUUAUGGGCUGAUGAGGACAAACAACUGGCCAAGAAGAAAAGCCGAAAAGAGGAGGAAGACCGAAAGAAAGCCGAAUUGCUGCGACGCAAAGCGGAAAAUAAAGCGAUGCUAGAACAAGAGAUGUUAUCGAUAAAAACGGCUGGAAAACCAUCGAUUCAAAAGGUUACACAAGCUCAAAUCAAUGCCGAAAACGAACGUCGCCAAAAGGUUGUCGAAAAUAUUUAUAAAUCGAACAAAGAGCCCGAAAAGGAGACAAAACUUGUUAGUGAUGAGCCGCUUAUUGAAAACUUGAAUAGACUGGACCCGGACGCAAUCGAAGCGUCUGGAAUCGAUGAGGCGAUCAAAGCACUCAGCAUGGCAGAGGGUGCCGCCGACAAGCAUCCUGAGAAACGACUGAAAGCUGCUUUCAAAGCAUAUGAAGCCGAAAAUCUACCACGAAUCAAGGCGGAAAACCCAUCGAUGCGAUUAUCUCAAUGGAAACAAAUAUUAUUCAAGGAAUGGACGAAAUCACCACAAAACCCAUUGAACCAAGUCGCCUAAAUAGUCGAUGGGUGUGUUUGUGAUGGGCCGAUGUAUUCUAAUAAGCAUGAACAUUAACUUAUCCCCUGAAACGUGAAAAUGUACAGCAAUUUUUUUGUAAAUAAAUCUUCAUCAAAAUGCCACGUAACAAUGAUCUCUGCGGGUUAAAGCUUAAAUUUCAAUCGUUCCGAUUGUUCAACUGUCCAUACAAGAAUUGUAUGUUGAUAAAUUCCUGACAAAAUGAGAUUCAAAGAGACUGGUAGUUUGAGUGAAAUAAAUAAAAAAAAACAGAAAAACACGCACUGAA